AUGGAUUUUUUUAGCAACGAAACAUCAGGUGAAAGCGCGGACAAAACCGAAAAAGAACAGAAAAAAGAAGAAAUGAGAACAUGCGAAGACAAAAAUGACUUCGAAACAGUCAUUUCCAAAAAUCAUCGAAAGAGGCUAAACAAACAGAAAAGGAAAGAAGCUUCUCAUAGCAAAUCGCAGAAGGAGACAGAGGUCAAACGCCAGAUAACUGACGAAAAGACACGUCAACCUGAUGAACCCCAACAAACAAUCCAAACGACGACCUAUAAAAUCCCACCAAUUCAACUCAUCUUCAAGAGCUGGACCGAAGUAAGGACUGCACUAAAAGAACAGCAGAUUAAAACUGGAAAGGCACUGUUCAGAAACGACGAAGUAGCAAUAUGGCUAACAACCUCAGACGACUACAAGAAAACCACUGCCUAUCUAGAUACGAUAGGUAGCAAGUUUUACUGCAAUAAAUUAGAAGAAGACAAACCAUAUAAAGUGGUUAAACGAGGCUUACCGGAACACACUCCGGUAAACAAACUCUUUGAAGAACUCACCGAUUUCGGACUAAACUUGAUGAAAAUGGAAUUCAAUUGUUCCAAUUACCAGCAAAUACCAUUACCAUAA